AAGAGAGUCGGGGGCUGAGCACGGAUGCUUCUCUCCUUCUUACAGAAGCCAAAAUAAAAAAGAAAAAUAAAAGAAAAAAGAGACUUGAGAGAGGAGACAGAAGGGAGAGAGAGAGGGGAAGAAGAGAGCGAGAUAGAGAAAGGCUUACUCCUACAUCAAUGGCGGUUAGGGUAUCUGCGUAAUUGAUUUUCUUCAUCUCUAUUUGAAUCAGUUUCAUUCUUCUGUUUUGUCUCCCUCUCCCUUUGUUGGAUUUUUUUUGAUAAAAAAAACCCUAAUUUACCCGUAUACUGCAAGAAUCAUCUUCAACUUUUUAUUGUUGUCGAUUUCUGAGAAAAAGCGGACUGACUUGUGAUGGGAGCGCCGGAGAAGACAACUACUUCUAACAAUAAUUCUUCGAUGCAGCGUGUCAAGGUAUACCGACUCAAUGAUGAUGGAAAAUGGGAUGAUCAAGGGACUGGUCAUGUCACCAUUGACUACUUAGAGAGAUCUGAAGAUUUGGGGUUGUUUGUGCUUGAUGAAGAAGACAAUGAAACAUUGCUUGUGCACAGGAUUAGCUCAGAUGAUAUAUAUAGAAAGCAAGAAGAUACAAUAAUCUCGUGGAGGGAUCCAGAGUAUUCAAGUGAACUAGCUCUUAGCUUUCAAGAGACUACAGGGUGCUCCUACAUAUGGGAUCAUGUUUGCAAUGUACAGCGGAAUCUUCAUUUUAAUACCCUCAAUAAUGAGACAUAUCAUGGUGCCAACAGUGAGUUGAGGGAGUUGCCUGAGGUAGAGCUGUCAACGCUUCCUUCAAUUCUUAAGGUUGUGGUGGACAGUAGCAUUACUGAUCAGUUAUGUGUGACAGAACUCAUACUGCAUGAUCAAAAGUUUUUCCGCAAGUUGAUGGAUUUGUUCAGAGUGUGUGAAGAUUUGGAGAACUAUGAUGGCCUUCACAUAAUAUACAAAAUUGUCAGAGGGAUCAUUCUCCUCAAUAGUCCACAGAUCUUUGAGAAAAUAUUUUCUGAUGAACUAAUCAUGGACAUUGUUGGAUGUCUUGAAUACGACCCUGAUGUACCUCAUGUCCACCAUCGUGACUUACUUAAAGCACAUGUAUUCAAGGAGGCAAUACCAAUUACGGAUCCCCUAGCUUCAUCAAAGAUACAUCAAACAUACAGAGUCAGUUACCUCAAGGAUGUUGUUUUGUCUAGAGUACUGGAUGAGGCUACAGCUGCAAGCUUGAAUUCCAUAGUCCACUCAAACAAUGGAAUGGUUGUGACUUUGUUGAAAGAUGAUGCCAACUUUAUGAAGGAGUUGUUUACGAGGUUAAAAUCGCCUUCCACCACUCCGGAAUCCAAGAUGAAUUUGGUAUAUUUCUUGCAAGAAUUCUGUAAUCUAAGCAAGAGCUUACAAAUGGUCCAGCAACUCCGGCUGUUCAGGGAUCUCGUAUCUGAAGGCAUAUUUGAAGUGAUUGGUGAUAUUUUGCAGAGUGAUGAUAACAAGCUCAUUCUGACUGGGACAGACAUCCUCAUGCUUUUUGUGAGCCAAGAUCCAGCUUUGUUGCGUUCCUAUGUUAGUCGCCAGGAAGGUGUCUCACUGAUUGGGCUUUUGGUAAAAGGUAUGCUUAAAGAUUUUGGGGAUGAUAUGCAUUGCCAAUUUCUUGAGAUAAUUAAAAGUCUUUUGGAUACAUAUUCUCCAGCAGGACAGAGAGAUGCUAUUGUUGAUGUUUUCUAUGAGAGGCACUUGGAUCAACUACUUGAUGUCAUAUCAUCAUCAUGUCCUCCAUAUGCUGCUCAUAAAUCCACGGAUUCCAAUGGAAGUUUGCAUAGUCAAACUAGCAUCAAGCCUGAAAUACUUUUGAACAUAUAUGACCUCUUAUGCUUUUGUGUUCUGCAACAUCCUUAUAAGAUUAAGUCCAAAUUUUUGCUUAGUGGCGUAAUAGAGAAAGUUUUAAGUCUGACUUGUAGAAGGGAAAAGUAUCUUGUGGUUGCAGCUAUUCGCUUCAUUCGAACUCUAAUUUCACUUAAAGAUGAGCAACUCAUGAAUCAUAUGGCAAAGAACAAUCUAUUGAAACCGAUUGUAGAUGUUUUUGUUGAUAAUGGAAGUCACUAUAAUUUACUGAACUCUGCAGUUUUGGAGCUUUUUGAGUAUAUCCGUAAGGAAAAUUUGAAGACACUAGUGAAAUAUCUAGUUGAAACGUUUUGGGUGGAGUUGGUGAAGUUUGAUGGUUUACCUUCUAUCCAAUCUCUGAAAGUUAGAUAUGAUCAGGCCAUGGAGCAGGCGACCAAUCAAAAUGGGCCAUAUGCACUGAACACUAGAAGACGUGUAGAUGAGCGUGGCCUUGAGAAGGAAGAGGAGGAUUACUUCAAUGAGGACAGUGAUGAAGAAGAUUCCGCAUCUGCAUCAAUGCCUCGUACAACAAGGAUACGCGCACAACCCACUUUAUCCAAUGGAUCAUCAUCAUCAUUAAGUCCUAGUCCUAGGCCAGGUGGACUGGUUGACUAUGAUGAUGAUGAUGAUGAUGAAGACUACAAGCCACCCCCCAAAACCAAACCCGAAAAAACACAAGAGGAUGAAGGAAGCCUGGAAUUCCAAUUCCGAUUAAAAAGAAAAAUCUCCAAACAAGAACCCGAUUCUGUCAAAAAACGAUUGCUCACUAAAAACCCAAUCAAAUCAAAAGAAAGCGUGUUUGCCACAUUAUGUUCAACUCUAAGUCAAGCCGUAUUGCCUUCAAAAAAUACCCCAAACACUUCUCAAGACAAUAAAGAUAAGGGCGAUACUGGUCCAAAUAAGGAAACCGAUAAAAACACCCUAACAGUGGGCCCCGAGAGGAUACUGUACAGUAAGUACCAUUGCAAAGGCGGUGGUGGUGGAGGUGGUGCCAUACUUUCCGGUCAGGGUCACGAGUGA